UCAAUCCUAUGGUACUCUGUUAUUCUGUGGCCUACGUUAGAUCAUUCGCAUGACGUACGCUAUUGACAGAUUAGUAAUGACACGACUGACAGUAUUAUAUACCUAACUGGUUCAAGUAGUGUAUCGACAGUGUUCACGAGUUCAUACUUUGUACAGUUCCCUUUUUUGUAAUCAAGCAGUUGUUUUAGUUCAAGGAGGGAUUAGUGUAUGAUCGUUGAAUGUGUAAUGAUUGGUACAGUGAAAUUUUGUAAACGUCUCCACACCGAGGCACCUGUGGCUGUGACUGUCAGUUGUAAACACUAAAAGAACGACAGAACAAAACGCAACAUGGAAGGAGGCAUAUUGGAAAGUCCAGAAACAACAAUGGACAGAACGGACGAUGAAAUUGCUCUUCAAGGAUUUUGUAGCCCUAAAAGGCUCCCGUUCAGAUUUGUUGGGUUAACAUUAAUGAGCGUAGUAGGCUUUGGUGCUUAUUUCUGUUUCGACAAUCCUUCAGCAUUACAAGAUAAUUUUAAAACGGACCUGCAGAUGUCAACCAGCAAAUUUGUAUUAUUGUACUCCAUUUAUUCAUGGCCGAAUGUGAUUCUUUGUUUUAUUGGAGGAUAUCUGUUGGACAGCAUUUUUGGUAUAAGGCUGGGCACUAUUAUAUACAUGGCCUUGACUUUAAUUGGUCAUCUUAUAUUCGCGACUGGAGCUUUAGUAAACGCUUUUUGGCUUAUGAUGCUCGGUCGAUUUGUUUUUGGUAUAGGCUCAGAAUCAUUGGCAGUUGCUCAGAACAGUUAUGCCGUAUUGUGGUUUAAAGGAAAAGAAUUGAAUAUGGUGUUUGGCUUGCAACUGAGCUUUGCUCGAGUUGGUUCAACAGUAAACUUUUUGAUCAUGGAACCAAUCUAUCAAUUUGUGAACCAGUAUUAUAAAGGACCAGAAUGUAUCGGGCUUAUACUCUUUCUGGCUUCUUUAACUCUUGUAGUGUCUCUGAUCUGUGCAUGUGUAUUGGGUGCCAUGGAUAAACGAGCCGAGACAUUAUUAAGAAGGGGAGAUGGACAACUGCCCAAAGUUAUCAGUCUCACAGACGUUAAAGACUUUAAACCUAUAUUCUGGUUAAUCACUUUCAUUUGCAUUGCCUACUAUGUUUCAAUAUUUCCAUUCAUUGCUUUAGGCAAGGUAUUUUUCGAACGGAAAUACUCAUUUGAGCCAUCCAAUGCGAAUGCGGUGAAUUCCCUCGUGUAUUCCAUAUCUGCUAUUGCAUCACCCAUUUUCGGAUAUGUUGUCGAUAGAACAGGAAGGAAUGUGUUAUGGGUAUUUAUUGGUAUUUUUGCAACUAUAGUGGCUCAUGGAUUACUUGCAUUCACAUAUGAAAGUCCCUACGUGUGCAUGAUCCUCAUGGGAUUAGCGUACUCCAUGCUUGCCAGUAGUUUAUGGCCGUUAAUUGCACUUGUUACUCCAGAAUAUCAGCUUGGUACUGCUUUUGGGAUAGCCCAAGCUGCACAGAAUCUAGGUAUGGCAGUAGCUAAUAUCGUAGCUGGAUUAAUUGUGGAUAAAAGUGGAUACUUUAUGCUUGAGAUAUUUUUCUUGGUUUGGCUAUGGAUUUCCCUGAUAACUUCUGUUGCGAUCUGGUUGCUAGACGUAGCAGUACACGAUGGUUAUCUAAAUAUGUCGCCGGACCAAAGAGAAAAAUAUGACAAACUUCGACGUACACCAGAAAGUCUCGAAAGGGAAAAACUUUUAUCGGCCGAAUCUACUUCAGAUUUAUCAACUGACGAUCUUUUACAACCACAGUCUGACGUUAGCAUCAGAAAUCGUUAUCUAUCUCGUAUCGGAGCAAUGGUACCUCCAUGUACAAAAUCCACGCCAAUACGUCAACCUUUACGAUGAUACAUUCCACUUAGAUACAAUUUUCAAACAUAAAUAGUUGUUCUUGUUUAAGGUACCAUUGAAACAAAAAUUUGCUCACUGUGUCUUCCUCUCACACAGCGUUAAUCUGUGAUAAUUUCUUAACCGAUACAUUUACAGUUGACUGUAAUUAAUUUUUAAUAUGUCGACGAGCAGAUAUUUUACGAAUAUAUUAAUGCGUCGAUGCUUGACAAGUGACAGAGAUACAUUAUUUGUUUUACAGUAAUGGCAUUUUGUAACCACAAGAUAAUGCGAUUUUAGGAAUUGUCAUCUUAUGAGUAAAAUGUUUAUAGCAUGAGUGAAUAAAAGAUUAUUUUUUAUCUCUUGUUUGAUAAAAUAAUACACCAAGAUGUUCAAUUUCUUAUCAGUGUAUAUGAUCUCUUUAACAUGUAAAAUAUUAGUAUAUUAAAAUGUAUAUGUACAUGUUGCUGAAUCAAAAUAUGAUAUAUGCGAUUUA